UUAAUAUAUAAAUAUAUAUGUAUACAUAUAUAUGUAUAUUUAUUAUUCUAGCAACCUGUUCUCGUAGGUCUACAUGUGAACCAGCCUUUGCGGCCGUUAUCAUGACAACCCAAAUGGCGUUUAUAAAAAACAAACUCAGUACGUCAACAAACAACAAGUACUCGUAAUUUUCUAUUAUCAAUUAAUCCAGACUACCAUCUAAAAAAAAUUUAAAAACCAAAAAUGAAACCGGGUCAAGUGUGAAAGCAGCAAAAAUUAAACCAGUGUCUGGUAUCUGAAAUAUUUCAGCGGCAGCGUCACCAGGAAAAUUCUAACGUAAGCGAAAACAAAAACAAAGUAAACAAUGUUUGUUUAUUUAAGUAAAAAAAUAGCAAUACCAAAUAAUUACCGUCUUAAUUGCAUUGCCUGGAGCCAGAGACACGGCUACAUAGCAGUCGGUGGCGAGGAUGGGCUGCUGAAGGUCCUAAGAGUCGACUCUGCCGCGAAUCCUGGCAGUGGGAGCGGGAAAUCGCGUUCGUUGGCGGCUCCGAGUAACCUGAGCAUGAACCAGAGUCUCGAGGGGCACAAUGGACACGUGCAAGUGGUCACCUGGAAUGAGGAGUACCAAAAGCUGACCUCCAGUGACCAGAACGGAGUGAUAAUUGUCUGGAUGCUGUACAAGGGCUCAUGGUAUGAAGAGAUGAUCAACAAUCGCAACAAAUCUGUUGUCAAAGGCAUGGCCUGGAGUAUAGACGGGCAGAAAAUUUGUAUUGUUUAUGAGGACGGUGCUGUGAUAGUGGGUGCGGUUGAUGGUAAUCGUAUCUGGGGAAAAGAGCUGAAGAACACGUGGCUAUCUGCGGUCCAGUGGUCUCCCGAUGGGAAAUUGCUGCUGUUUGGUUUGAAGAACGGGGCGGUACAUUUGUAUGACAACCAGGGAGUUUUUCUGACUAAUAUUAAUAUGAAUUUACCAGCAAGUCCGCAGACAAUUGUGGCAAUUCAUUGGUACAAUGGCAAGUAUGGAUACACUGCUAUUGAUUGCCCUACUUUAGCUAUUUGUUAUGAAAGCGGAAUGAUACAACUGAUGCGAGAUGCUGCGGACAGCGAGCCGAUUAUCGUGGAAACUGGAAUCACAAAUGUCUGGUGCGCGUGGAACACUUAUGGGUCAACUCUGGCAGUCGUGGGGAUCCAGUCCACAAUAAUGAGCAAUGAAGCUAAAGACAACAAUGUCAUACAGUUUUACACUGCGUUCGGAAAGCGACUGAGGACUCUGAAGGUCCCGGGACGCGAAAUUACCGCGUGCUCUUGGGAAGGCGGCUCGCUGAGAGUCGCUCUGGCAGUUGAUUCCCAUAUUUACUUUGCCAACAUUCGGCCUAGUUACAAGUGGACGUACUUCAGCAACACUGUCGUCUUUACUAAUGAGAAAAUCCACAAAGACGGGACUUGUGUCACUUUCUGGAACACGAGCAACAACACUUGUUGCACGAAAUACGUAACUUCUUUGAUAUCAAUAGCUUCCGCUGGAGACCACUGCUGUCUGGCGGUUAAAAACGAGGUGUCUGUUGAGGAACCGUUUGCUCUGCUGGUCUGCAACACCAUCGCGACGACAAUUGACAUCAAGUACUUGAACCUGGAGCCCAUUUGGGUCUGCAUGAUAAGCACGUCAGUAAUCGUGGCUUCGAAGAAUAAUUUUAUGAUCUGGAAUUUCCGCACCCCGCGGACUGCGGCUCAGUCUAAAGUACGUCGGGACAAAAUUUAUCAUGUGGAUGACACACCGACUGGCGUCACUGAGGUGAUUCAUGACCUGGAUCGUGACAGGAAUUACGAGACUCCGCUUAAUAUGAAACCGAGUAUGGACCCAAUAAGUUGUCUGGCAGCGACUGAAAAAAUUCUACUUGUUGCGCGCGACUCUGGAAUGAUUCAACGGUACUCUUUGCCGCAUGUUACUUUGACGAAUCGGUACACCAGCUCGUCAAAGCCGGGACAGAUUGCGAUCAAUUGUAACUCAACUCGCGCUUCAAUAAUUGACGUCAACGGGGUGAUGACGAUGCUGGACUUGGAGCACAAGAAAGACAGCGAGCAGGAUGACGUCAGCAAGUUCGAGAGGAAAGACGUCUGGGCAAUGUGCUGGGCUCAAGACAAUCCUUCAUUACUGGCAAUUAUGGAGAAAGCCAGGAUGUACGUCUUACGUGGUCUUGAUCCAGAGGAGCCGAUAUCUUGCUCUGGGUACAUUUGUUCCUUUCAGGAGCUCGAGAUUCGCUGUGUCUUGCUGGAUGAUUUGAUGCAAAAACCCGAAGACACUAAACCCGAUUUAAUGCUGGAUCUUGAAGUUAAGUCGCUACGUGACACCAAAGAGCUUUUAACAAAAGUUGGAUUAAAAGAAGCUCAUGAUUUCAUUCAAGAUAAUCCUCACCCGCGACUUUGGCGUUUACUCGCCGAGUCUGCGCUCAAAGCGCGAGACCUAGAGAUGGCGGAGAAUGCAAUGGUCCGUUGUACAGAUUAUUUGGGAAUCCAAUUUAUCAAACGUCUCCAUUCUAUCCACAAUGAUCAGCUGAAGCGAGCAGAGGUCGCGGCUUUUCUCGGCAAUUACGACGAAGCCGAGAAACUUUAUCUCGAUUUAGACAGACGGGACUUGGCGAUAACCUUGAGACAAAAAUUGGGGGAUUAUUUCCGCGUGCUGCAGCUGAUGAAAAUGGGGAUCGCGGGAACUGAUAAACAGCUCGAGCAGGCGUACAAUAAAAUAGGAGAUCAUUUUGCUGAGAGACAGAACUGGGACAGCGCUAAAGAAUACUACGAGAAGGCGAGAAAUUUAGAGCAGUUGAUACAGUGCUACUACAAGCUUGAGAAUUAUGAUUUGCUAGCUGCGACCGUUGAUCAGCUGCCAGAUAAAUCAGUUACUUUAAAAACUGUCGCGCGGAUGCUGGCUUCUGUGGGAAUGUGCCAGCAGGCUGUCGAAGCUUACAUAAAAUAUGGAGACAUAAAGCAAGCUGUUGACACCUGCGUGCGAUUGAACCACUGGGACCAGGCGGUUGAUCUCGCCAAGACCUACAAGAUGGCCCAGAUCAAUGACCUGCUGAAUAAAUACGCGAACCACUUGCUGUCUAAUGGGAAGAGACUCCAAGCUAUCGAGUUGUACAAGACGGCGAAUUGUUUUCUUGCGGCUGCCAAGUUGCUGGUGAGUCUCGCAGAGCAACAGGCCAAGACCCGGGCGAAUCCGCUGAGGGUUAAGAAGCUCUACGUGCUCGCGGCUUUGCUCAUUGAGGAUCACAUCAACAGCGCGCCGAUGAAAAAAGGCGCGAGGAGCAACGUCAUGAUGGGAUUGAUGGAGAGCAACGAGGACUCGAGGGUGAUAGAAAAUGCUUGGAGAGGCGCCGAAGCUUAUCACUUUCUCUUGAUGACCAAUAGACAGAUUUACGCGGGAGAUACUGAUGCCGCGAUGAAGACUGCACUGAGACUGAGGGAAUACGAAGACAUUCUUGAGUGCGAGGAAAUUUACUCUCUGCUGGCUCUGGCCAGUGCCAACAACCAGGCGUUCGCUACUUGCUCGAAGGCUUUUAUCAAACUGGAGGGACUGAACGAGAUCCCGGAGAGCAAGAAGGAGGAGUACGAAGAACUGGCGCUGCAGAUUUUCAUAAAUCAUCCGCCGAAAGAUUCAAAAAGCAGCAAGUCGGAGUGCGUUAACUGCGAGACUCUUGUUCCUGAUUGGUGUGUCGCUUGUCCUAAUUGCGCGACGCGAUUUCCGGCUUGCGUUGUGUCGGGAAAACCGCUGAUGGAUCUCACCACGGCGUGGAUUUGCACCGUGUGCAGGCAUCACGCCGCCUCGGAGAGGGAUGUUGUUAAUAUUAAUGCCUGUCCACUUUGUCACAGUAUCAUUACGUAUAUGUAAAUUUAGAAUUAUUAAUUAUUUUUAGUUAUAUUUUUUUAGAUAUUUAAUUAAUAACGAUAAGAAAGGUAAGUUUUUAAAUGUUUUAAUUAAAAAAGUAAUAGAUUUCAUAGAAAAAUAAAUAAUUUAAUAGAUAAUUUAUAAAAAAAAAAGUGAAUGGAUUUGAAAAAUUGAAUUUAAAUUCUGUGAUUUUAAAUUAAAAUUUUUUUUUAUCAGUAUUUUUAUUAUUAUUUAUAUUUAAAAUUACUGACUAUGUUUAAUUAAUUGGCUGCCUGAUUUUGAAACCUGUCAAAAUAUUUAAUAAAUUUUUUUUUAAACUUACCAUGAAAAGAAUCAGGAGUUGAUUCGGGGUAAAUUUGAAUUUUAUAAUCAAAACUGACUCCGUAAUUUGAAAUCGCAGUUUUUUUUAAAUUACUCCGCAUGCGCAGUAAAUAAGUAAUUUUUUUCAGCGGUUUUAUUUCAGAGCGAUGUAAAUUUAAUUUCAAUUAUUCACUCAGAUACAGAGUUUUUAUAUUGAGAUAAAUUCCCCGGAGUCAAAUAACAAUUCAUCAACUCUUGGUUUUAAAAUUAGAUCAGCCGUGAAAUCCGUCAAAUAAAUUCAAAUGAAAAUUGUAUAGAAAUUAAACUCCAGCUUACUCUUUUUUUAAAUUUUAUUCUCGAUAUUUUUAUUAAUUAAUUUUUUACUCAUAAUUAAAUUUUAUCUGAAAUCAAAAUUUUUUAGCCAAAUAAUUUUACUAUUAAUUAUUUUGUAAGCCCAA